AUGGAGUAUGAGAGGAUACACAAAGUUCAGAUGGGGGUCAUGUCUCCGACCAAGCUGAGGAUGAAGCUGCUAGGAAUGGGAUCCCAUGGCAGCAAGGACGAGGUGGCGAGCAAGUCGCCGUCGAGGCCCGACGCCGGUGCCAACGGGGCCGAAGACGGCGAUGACCACCCCAAGAGCAGCCUCCUACCGCAGGAGCUCGACGAAGGCUCUUCGGAGUGCCCCCCCAAGGACCGCUCGGACUCUUCCCGGUCGCGCUCCGACUCGAGCCGCGGCAGGGCCGCUGUAAGCAACGGCAAUGGCGGCAGCUUCGAGUUCCAGAUGGAGGAGAGGGCCGGGCUGGGGCCCUUCUUCUUCAGGCAGGUGCCGUCCAAGUGGAACGAUGCGGAGAAGUGGAUCGCGGGGCGGCACGUCGUGCACUCCAACCCCAUCUUCUCCAAGAAGUCCAGGACGAGCGCCCUAACCGAGCUCUCGCAUUCGCAAUCUGCGCCCAGGCUGCCUCGUCGCACUAAACUCUGCGGUGCAUCGCAGGGGGCUGCGGCGUCGUCGUCGGUGUCGAUGAGGGACAUCGGCACGGAAAUGACGCCGGCCGCCAGCCAGGAGCAGUCGAGGAGCGGCACCCCGGCCGGCGCCGCCACGCCGUCCCUCAGCCCGCUCUGCUCGGUGCCGGCGUCGCCGUCCGCGUCGGAGAGGGAGCUGCAGGUCAGGACGCGCCGGGAGAUCGCCGCGCUCGGGCUGCAGCUGGGCAAGAUGAGCAUCGCGUCGUGGGCCAGCAAGGACGACCGCAUCCUGAGAUCACCGGAGAAGAGCGCCGGCGCCGGCGAUGGAGACGAUGAUGCCAAGAAGGAGGAGUUCGAGGCUCGAGCCGCAGCGUGGGCAGAAUCCCAGAAAUGCAAACUCGCAUCGAGAUAUCAGAGGAAGGAGGCGAAGAUACAGGAAUGGGAGAACUGCCAGAAAUCCAAAUUUGAAGCCAAGAUGAGGAAUGCAGAGGUGCAGGCCGAUCAAAAGAAGGCGCGGGCGAAGAACAGCCUGACAAAGAGGCUGUCCAGCUUAGGCCACAAGGUGGAGGGCAAGCAGGCGAGGGUGGAGGCCAGGCGGAACCGGCGGGCGGUCCGGCUGGCGCGGCAGGUGGAGCGCAUCCGGAAGACCGGCCGCGUGCCGUCCCGGUUCCGGUGUUGCAGCUGGUUCCUCUGA